AUGAUGGAUACAGCUGCAAUUAUUGACUUGAAACUGCACGAGACCGAUUUGGAGGAGAGAGAAAAGGAACAAGUCAGAGCCGGAGUAUCACACAUCAUGAAAAAACAAAUUAAUAGUGGAAACUAUAUGAACAAAAUUGAUACUUGGAUAUCCUCAUCGAUCAAGUCCCUUACCACAAAUAACAACAUUUGUAUUACUAAGGCAGACAAAGGAAACGCAGUGGUAAUUUUGGACAAAAAUGAUUAUAACCAAAAAAUGCAGACAAUGAUCAAUGAAGGCCCCUAUGAUGAACUCAUUCAAGAUCCUACUCCAGAUUUCACAGAUUUAAUUGAAGUCCACUCAAGUUCAUUGAAAACAAAUGAAAAGUUAUCUGAUGCAGAAUACUCCAAAAUAAAUCAAAAAACUCCCAGAGCUCCACUUAUCUACGGUGCACCUAAAGUGCAUAAACCAGACACACCUCUCCGGCCGGUGGUAGAUUUCAGAAGUUCCCCUACAUAUAAUCUUGCAGCAAUGUUGUCCAACAUUUUGAAGAAAGUAGCCUCGAAACAUGAAUAUACUGUCAAAAAUGGAGAAGAAUUCGUGAAAGGAAUAAAAAAUAUCAAAAUACGACCAGGGGAUCAAAUGAUUUCUUUUGAUGUUGUCUCACUUUUCACAAAAGUUCCCAUAAAAGAGACCCUGAAAAUCAUCAAAAAAGACUUCAAGAUUAUGAUAACCUAA